AAUAAAUCUCAGUAAUAUUUGGAAAGAAAGAUUAGUCUCUUCUCUUGUUCUUGCAGAGGGUUUUGGCAGAAAAGGAGAUGUGAACGAGUUGAAAAGUUGACUAACAAAACUAGGCGUAGCAAGCAGGUGGCAUGGGAAGUGGUGACCACCACAAACCCGUUUGGUGAACGUUGCUACCCACAGCCACAAGAUAUUUUCCCCACUUCUUGUCAACAUUUAUUAAACCAACUGGUGAGUCUGUUUGGAUUCCAAGUUCCCCCAACUAAACGGCAACAAUGGCAUUAAACAUAACCUCCAUCAAAACAUCCUCCAACGGCUUAUGGCAAGGAGACAACCCCUUAGACUUCGCCUUCCCUCUCCUCAUUCUCCAAAUCACCUUAAUCAUCCUCCUCUCCCGCUCUCUCGCCUUCCUCCUCAAACCUAUCCGACAACCUAAAGUCAUCGCCCAAAUUAUAGCUGGGAUUGUCUUGGGUCCUUCCGUUCUGGGAAGGAACAAGACAUUCAAGCACCGCCUGUUCCCGCCAUGGAGCACCCCGUUGCUGGAAUCGCUGGCUAGCAUAGGUCUCCUCUUCUUCUUGUUCCUGGUAGGUCUCGAGCUCGACUUGGUCACGAUUCGCCGGAGUGGAAAGAGAGCUCUGAGCAUCGCCGUCGCCGGAAUGUCCCUCCCCUUCGUCUCCGGCAUUGGCCUCGCCCUAAUCCUCCGCAAGACCGUCGACGGCACCGACAGAGUCGGCUUCGCUCAGUUCCUCGUCUUCAUGGGAGUGGCGAUUUCCAUCACGGCCUUCCCCGUGCUCGCCCGCAUCCUAACCGAGCUCAAGCUCCUCACCACGCGAGUGGGCUGCACCGCCAUGGCCGCCGCCGCGUUCAACGACGUCGCGGCGUGGAUCCUCCUCGCCCUCGCCAUCGCGCUCGCCGGCGACGGCGUCAACAGCCACGUCCACAAGAGCCCCCUCGUCUCGCUAUGGGUGCUCCUCUCCGGCGUGGCCUUCGUCGCCUUCAUGAUGAUAUUAGUCAAACCGGCGAUGAGAUUCGUCGCCGGAAAAUGCUCACCGGUGACCGGCGCGGUGGAUGAAACCUACGUGUGCUUGACUCUGCUGCUCGUGAUGGUGUUCGGGUUCGUGACGGACAUGAUUGGGAUCCACUCGGUUUUCGGCGCGUUCGUGUUCGGAAUAACGGUUCCGAAGGGCGCGUUUGCGGAGAGGCUGAUAGAGAGGGUUGAGGAUUUCGUUGUAGGGUUGUUGUUGCCGUUGUAUUUUGCUUCGAGUGGGUUGAAGACGAACGUGGCUACGAUAAGUGGCGCGAAGGGGUGGGGAAUUUUGGCGCUGGUGAUUGCGACGGCGUGCGCCGGGAAGAUUGGGGGGACGUUUCUGACGGCGGUGGCGUGCAAGAUUCCGAUUAGGGAGGCGAUGACGCUGGCGGUGCUCAUGAACACUAAGGGGUUGGUGGAGCUCAUCGUCCUCAACAUUGGGAAGGAAAAAAAGGUGUUAAACGAUGAAAUGUUUGCCAUUUUGGUUCUUAUGGCUCUAUUCACCACCUUCAUUACAACCCCAAUAGUGUUGUCCAUCUAUAAAAACACUAAUGACAUAUCCUUUCAUCAAACCCUGAGAAAACUAGGUGACCUUGACACUAAUGAUAAAGCCACUAACGAGUUUCGCGUCUUGGCGUGUGUGCAUGGCCCCAACAACGCUCCUUCCAUCAUUAACUUGAUUGAGUCAAUUCGUAGCAUCCAAAAAUCCUCCCUCAAACUCUUCAUCAUGCACCUUGUUGAGCUCACAGAACGCUCUUCAUCAAUCAUCUUGGCUCAGAACACUGAUAAUAAGAGUGGCUCUAGCCAUGUUGAGUGGCUAGAGCAACUUUAUAGGGCCUUCCAAGCCCAUAGUCAAUUGGGUCAAGUUUCAGUUCAGUCCAAGACCACUAUCUCUUCGUUGUCCACUAUGCAUGAUGACAUUUGCCACGUGGCAGAUGAGAAAAUGGUGACCAUGAUCAUCUUGCCUUUCCACAAGCGGUGGAAGAAGGUGGAAAUGGAAAAUGAGGAGGAGAACAGUGAGGUUUCCCAACACCAAAUGGAGGAAAAUAUUGGCCAUGGGUGGAGAGGUGUGAACCAAAGUGUACUUAGGAAUGCACCUUGCACUGUGGCUGUGCUUGUUGAUCGAGGAUAUGGACAUGGGCCUCAGAAUUUGGGCCUAUAUACCACUGUGACCCAACAUGUUUGUGUUUUGUUCUUUGGUGGGCCCGACGAUCGUGAGGCCUUGGAGUUGGGGGAUAGAAUAUCUAACCAUCCAGCGGUUAAAGUGACUGUUGUGAGGUUCAUUCACAAAGAUGUGUUGGAAGGUAACGACAUGUCACACUCUUCACCAAGCAAAACUAAUGGGAAAAGUUACAAUUUAGCCAUAUCUAAAGUGUACCCUCCAAAGGAAAAGGAGCUAGAUGAUGCAACAAUGGCAAGGUUCCAAAGAAAGUGGAAUGGAAUGGUAGAGUGUUUUGAGAAGGUAGCUAGUAAUAUUAUGGAAGAGGUGUUAGCAUUAGGGCGAAGUAAGGAUUAUGAUCUCAUAAUUGUUGGGAAAGGUCAAUUUUCGUUGAGUUUGGUGGCAGAUUUGGUAGAUAGGCAGCACGAGGAAUUAGGUCCUAUUGGAGACAUUUUAGCAUCAUCAACGCAUGAUGUGGUUUCUUCAGUGUUAGUAAUUCAACAACAUAAUGCGGUACUGAAUGGGGAGACCCCUUUAUCUAUGAGAAAUGACAAUGUAAUAUAAAUGUGUAACAAGAUAUAAGCAAUGUACUAGGCUUCGUUUGAAAUUACACCAAAUUCAAACAUUAUACAUCUUAAAUGGUAUUCGAUUUUUUUUU